AUGGCUGAAAACCAGGCCCAACGCAAGCAAACCAAUAGAAAUCAGCAGCCCGACCCGCCCACGCCACAUGUUCUAAACCGCGUGGCCUCCAAGAUCCAGCACGCCGGAUGGGCGUGUAUGAACAUCCUGACAAGCCCGAAAACUGCUGGAGCACUCAUCUUCACCGGCAUAUUCCUCGCCCUUGCCUACAGAAACCGCGGGCGGGCGAACAAGUUUCUUCGGCGACGACGCGGAAGGGAUGCCGGGCCCGGGCGCGUGGAGCAGAUCAGGCCGUUGCUACAGCGGUCCAUGUCUAUCGCGGCGCUCCACGGCGGGCGUUUGGCUCUGGAGAGGAUCAUUGACGCGCAGGAGGCGAGGCUCAAUGACGCGAAGCUCGACCGAGCCGACGCUGAAUUCGAGGAACUUCUAAAUCCGAGUGACGGACGCAUGCACUUCAGCAAACUGCAGAGUGUGGCAGGGAAGCUAGAGAUGACCGGUAAGGAAGAUGAAGCAGUGGCGCUGCUAAGGAAAGCAAUAGAGAAGGCCACACCCCAUGAGGCACAUGAGCUCGGAAUGUUGCUAGUUGAGAUGCUCAUUUACAAGGGAGACUACGAUGAAGCUUUGACCUGUCCUUGGCUCUAUGAUGAAGGGAUCACUGAUGCAAGAGCUGCACUUUAUAAGGCAGUGAUUUAUUCUAUCAAGGGUGACAAGAAAGCUGAAGAAAAUUACAGAAGGUUUCAAGACAUUCAAGCUCGACUUCUCUAUCCUGAUGGACCCAAAGAGGAGACUCCUCUCUAUGACGUAGUUCAUGAUUUUAGCAAGUUUCAAAUCAUUGUGCAAAAUUUGAAGAAAGAGAUUGAGAAGGUUAAGAAAAGAAAAGUUGUUAUCAUGCCUGGAUAG